AUGUCAUCACCAUUUUUCGUCUACAAUGGGAUCUUAUUACCCACAGCCCUGUCCUCAGCAGAAUCGCUCGCUUAUCUGGAAAAAGAAUUUCGCUUCUUGGAUGAUGAUAUACUGAGUGUCUCUUACCCCAAGUCAGGUGGCCGUUGGAUGGUAGAGAUCUUGUCAGCGAUCCAGCAAGAAUGGGACCCCUCGUGGGUUUUCAUUGAGAAAAUAACCUGGAUCGAGACUUUUGAUGGCAUGAAGACUGCCUUGAAAUCUCCUUCACCCAGAAUCUUGGCUUCUCACCUUCCAAUAAACCUUCUCCCUAAGACCUUUAUUGAGUCCAAGGCCAAGGUUAUUUACACCCUACGUAACCCCAAGGAUGUGCUGGUCUUGUUCUACCACGCCUAUAAAAAAUGGAAGGACCCUGGAAGUCUGGAUAAGUUCUUGGAGGAGUUCUUAAAUGGGAAUGUGUCCCAUGGCUCCUGGUUUGACCACGUGAAAGGCUGGCUGCAGAUGAAGAAAAGGGAAAACUUCUUGUUCAUCACGGUUGAAGAGUUGAAGCAGGUGUGGUCCAACCUUAGCGCUUGCCCUGGAGUUGUCCACACUUCAGCUUGUCCCGUAGCUAGGAAGCACGGGUCCAGCCGGGUCCAGCUUGUAACUCAUACUUUCUAGGCAUGAGUCCAAGCCGUUUUGCGUUUGCCCCAUUGCUUCCGCCUGGAAAACCUGCUCUUUAGGGCCAAGUCUGAGCAAACGUCCAUUUGGAGAAAA